GUUUUUCCAAACAAUCCCUUCAAUUCCUUACCUCUUUAUCUACUCCUUCCUCUUUCAAACUUUCAACUCAUUCUUAAAAAUACUUCCAUUCUUUCUCUCUCUUCUCUCUCUCUCUCUCUCUCUCUCUCUUAAACUUCCUACAAAUAAUGUCUUCCUCAGUUGCAAGCUUAGAACAUUCCCUUUCCUUCAACACAAGUAGCUUCUCCUUCACUAACCUCAUGAACUCCUCUUCCUCCUUCACCGACUUCUUCGCAAGCACAACCAAUGAUGAUCAACAUGUUUUGGAGGGUGAUUACAACACUAACACAAAAGAGAAGACUACUACUAAUAACAAUAACAAUAACAAUAACAAUAACAAUAAUAAUGACAUUAAUAGUACUAAUUGGUCCGGAUUUGAUCAACUCAUUGAAGUUCCUAAGUUCAAGUCUAUGGCUCCUUCUUCUCUUUCUGUCACCGAGACUACUCCCCUCGCUUCGUCUUCUUCGUUUUUGAACACUCCUAAUGCUUUUAGUCCUUCCAUCUUCUUGGAUUCGCCUCUCCUCAAUAGUUUCCCAUCUCCAACUGUAGGAGCCUUUGGUGGUGAGGGAUUCAAUUGGACUCAACUAGGUGCUAAUAAGGAUGAAGGAAGAAACAACAAUUUUACUUUCCAUGCUUCUUCAAACAACUCAAUUGAAGGGUGGAAUUUGGAUGAACCGAAGAAGCAAAAUGAGAUGAUUAACAACAAAGAUCAAAUCAAUUCAAAAUCCGAGUUUACUACUGUUAAUCAAACCAUGCCAUAUGAAAUGAACACAACAAAAACAGAUGUUGGUACUAAUAUGCAAAGAGGGUACAAUGCUCAACCAGUUCAGAUGAAUCGAGCACAGAAAAGAGCUGAAGAUGGGUAUUGUUGGAGGAAAUAUGGGCAGAAGCAAGUCAAGGGUAGCGAAAAUCCUCGGAGUUAUUACAAGUGCUCACACCCAACUUGUCCUACGAAGAAGAAAGUCGAGCGAUCACCAGAAGGUUAUGUUACUGAGAUUGUGUACAAGGGAAGUCACAACCAUCCGAAGCCUCAACCUGGUAGAAGAUCAUCUGUUCAGAAUAAUAACAAUAAUAACAGUGGGUUUGAUGGUUCAGAGGGUUCUUCUAAUACAGCCCUUAUCAUGUCACAGACUGAUAAUUAUUCUUCCUUUACUCCUGAGACAUCCUCUGUUUCUGUUGAUGAGGAAGACGAGUUUGAUCAGACUUCCGCCAUGAGUAAAUCAGUUAAAGAAGAUGAUCAUGAACCUGAAUCCAAAAGAUGGAAAGGAGAGAAUGAAGGGGAAGUGAUGUCAGGUUACGGAAACAGAACAGUGAAAGAACCAAGAGUAAUAGUUCAGACAACCAGUGAAAUUGAUAUUCUUGAUGAUGGGUAUAGAUGGAGAAAAUAUGGGCAGAAAGUAGUUAAGGGAAACCCCAAUCCUAGGAGCUAUUACAAAUGUACGAGCACAGGUUGCCCAGUAAGAAAGCACAUAGAGAGGGCAUCCCAUGACAUGAGGGCUGUUAUAACAACAUACGAAGGAAAGCACAACCACGAUGUUCCUGCAGCUCGUGGAAGCGCCAGCUAUAACAAUGUCCCGAUGCCAGUUAGGCCAUCAGCCAUAGCCAGCCAACCUAACCAGAUAAUUGGCCUAAGACCUAUCAACAACAACACCAACAACAACAACAACAACAACAUAUCAAAUACCUCAAGACCAGAAGCUCACCAGGCACCCUUUUCAUUGCAGAUGCUGCAAAAUAAUACUGCAACCUUUGGGUUUUCAGGGUUUGGAAAUCCUUCUGAAGCCAAGGAAGAGCCUAUCGACAACAUGCUGUUAGAAUCUUUUUUUCGUUGAAUUUCAAAAACAAAGCGCUUAACAAUUAGGUUUAGAAUCAUCUACUUCUUUCAUGUAAAAAAAAAAGUAUACACAUCUUCCAGACUCUAUAAGUCUUAGCUUUUACAAAAUAAGCAUAGUUAGGUAAUUUGUUUAUUUGUUAAAAGGCCCUUAAGCUUGCUUUUAAGCUUCCCAGGCCAAUAGAAAAUUUAGGUUUGUAAUAUUACCAUCAAAUUGAAUAUCAAAGUUUUAGCAUUUACAUUUUUUAACCAAAA